AUGCAGGUUACAAUCGCACCGGCAAGUAACAAAACAAGCACAGCAGCCAUUCGCUCGCUGUUAUCGCCAAACUCCGGGGUUCAGAUUAAAGGCUUGUACCGUGAUUUGAAGAAAGUCCCCGAUGAGUUCAACUCUUCCGACAAUUUCACGGCGGUGCAAGGUGAUGUUGGAGACGUGAAUACCCUAGACUUCUCUGGCUCUGAUGCCGUUUUGAUGGUCCUCCCUCCAGCCUAUGACGGUCGCGACAUUGUUGAGCAUGCGCAAAGAAUCUCAAACAAUGUCAAAACAGCGAUUGAGAAGGCUGGUGGUGUGAGGAGAGUUGUUUUGCUAUCCAGCGUCGGUGCGGAAUACUCAGAGGGCGUGGGUGAGCUCAAAACAAAUCACAUUUCUGAACAAGUUUUAAGAACAGCGGACAUAUUUGAGGUCAUUAUCAUCAGAUGCUCAUACUUUAUAGAAAACUGGACCAUGUCAGUUGAAACACUCAAAGGACCAAACCCCUUCUUCUUCUCAACCAUAACGCCACUCGACUUCAACAUCGCCAUGGUCGCUAUCAAAGACAUAGGUGAAGCGUUGGCUACGCAACUCACUCGCGAUUGGACACCUCCCAGCAAACCCUAUAUCAUGGAACUCCAUGGACCAGAGCCAUAUUCCCCACUGGAUGUUCAGAAAGCAUUUUCGCAAGCGCUGGAUAGGGAUGUUGAGAUCAAGGCUGUUGAGAGGGAGGACCUUGCAGAAUAUUAUGGCAAGAUGUUUGCGCCGCAUAUUGUGAAUGAGUGGGUUGAGAUGAGUACAUGCUUUUUGCCAGGUGGUAUUGCGGAGAAGGAUCUUUCGAAACCGAGUGAUGUUGAUGUUAUCCAUGGGAAGACGACUUUGGAUGAGGCUUUGCGAGAGGCGACAGCUGAAUUGAGGAAGUAG